ACCUUCAGGGACAGCAUUCCACCACCUCCUAAAGAAACCGCUUUGACAUGGCUUAUGUCCGGUGGCAAGAAUCUUCUACAGUCUCCUUCGUAUGAGUUCUGCUGCCCUGAGCCACACCAGGGACAACUGGUUACGGUGAUGACUGCGAAGCUCUGAGUAUACCAAAGGCCACUAAACCAUGCACUAUAGGUGGAUGAGUUUCAUGCUGUGUGAAUCAUACCUCAGUAAAGCUGUAAAAAGGACUCCUUCCGUGCAGGACCAAGGCUUCUAUGAUCAUAACAAAGGAAAGACAUGCUCUCUGGUGACUGAUGGGGUGCCCUUUGAGCAGAGGUCCAUUCUACCUCCAGGUUCUGCUGAAAUCCUGUGUGCACCUUUGGGCCGCCUCCUUGGGUGUCCAACAAACAUCUGAGACCUGCGCCAGAGGCCGAGUGGCUUCCACUGUGCGUUACUGCAUGACCGUCAGUGGCACAGUGAUCCUGGUGACUGGGACACUCUGCUUUGCAUGGUGGAGCGAAGAUGAUACACCUGUCCAGCCUGGCUCACUGGCCCCCACAGUGGAGCAUCCAUUGCCCAAGAUCCCUCCAAUUUGGCUAAAGUCUGUCAGUUUACUCUGCUGUAGCAUGGGUGGCCUGCUUCUGUUGUUUGGCCUGUUGUGGUCCAUCCAGGAAAGCUCAAAGAGGUCAAGCCAAGGGGAGCUGUACCAACUCUCCAGAGACCUGUAUCACCUUGCUGUGGAGUCUUCUGAGAAGAACUGCAGGCCUCCCAAGGAGGCUGUCAUUCCCACUUACGAGGAGGCCAUGUACUGUCCACUGGCUGAGGGUCCCCGGCCAUCCGCCAUGCAGCCCGAAGAAGAAGACCUUCAGUGCCACGCCCCAGGAGAUGCCCUGCUGGGGUCACCAUCCCAUUCACCCCCACCCAGCUACGAGAGCAUCAUCCUCGCUCAGGGGGCUGUUUAUGGUCCACGUGCUGCAGGCUCCAGCUCGGGUUGAGCUCAGGCUGCAGGGGAGUUGCAGCAGACCCUUGAAACUGGCCCCUAAGCCCCAGCUUUACUCAGGACAUCCUCCAGUGCUGGGUUCACAGCAGACAUCCAACAGAGCUCUGGGGCUGGGUGCUAUCUAUGUAUCUGUUGCUGUGUAAGAGACCAUCCCCGUGUUAGUUAACUUUAAAUAAACCCCACUUUAUUACAUCUCA